CGUCACAUGUAAACCCAAUGGCAGGACCAAGUCAUCAUAGCGUCGCUUUGCUAUAGACUCAUAUCUACAGUGAAACGCAGCGGUCUGCAUCACUGUACAAACCUAUUUUUCACGAAACGGUUCUAUAAGUGGCUCAGUUGUUGUGGCUCUAUUACAUGCUAAGCUAACGGUCUCACCGUGCUAACAACAAGUAGCAACCUGAUUGUGUCGCGGUGUCGCUUCAAUACAACUACGAUGCGUUUAUGGUUGGAUUUCCUCGCAGAAACAGUGCCAUAUGCCGUGUAUCCGGAUAUAAUCCGCUGUAUUUUUCUGAAACCCUGAGCUCCCCCGUUUGGCUCCGAGUUGACGCCAUGUCAGACCUGGACGGUCUCAUCGUGACCUUCCAGAGGCAGCUGUCAGAUGUGCUGGACACGGUGGUCAAGACGGCAAUGUACGAGGUGACCCGGUUGGUGGAGGACAACUUUUUGGAGGAGGUGAAACGUAGAACCCAGCAGGUGGACACCUUGAUGAGACAGUUGAAAAAAGCAAGUGGUCGAGAGGAGGAAGAGCUGGGGACAACAGAGAUGUUGACGGGCGACUCAAACAAAGAUGGUGCCCCCCUGGAGAGACAGAUGGGCCGUAGAAGAUGUGAGCUUUCAGCUCCCAGCCUUGUUACUGGCUCCAAGGGAGUGGAUUUGAUUCUUGCUGCAAAUGUGAAGACGGAGGAGGAUGAACAGUGGUGUGAUCCCUAUCAUGGUGAAGCCGGUCCCUGUGAGGCCAGAAGAAUCAUGACGGAGGGAAAACCAGCAGCUGCCCAAUGUGAGAAAAUGACCCCCAGUUGUCGCGACCAAAACCCGCAAAUAUCAUCAACCUUGUCCUCAGUCCAGGAGAACUCACACAAGCCCUCAGAACCAACUCAGGAGAGAAACGUAGGAAGGGAUUUCAGGAUUACUGUAAAACAUGCUGGCAGACUUCAUCAUCAGAAUCCUGGAGGCGACUGGGAGGGUGGCCCCCAGGUAAGUCGACCUAAAAAAACAGAGGAUGUGAGCUCUGAAGCAGAAGUUAAGGUUCACAUCAGGAGAGACGUGUCCAAGUCUUCAGACACAAGGCUGCAGAGUACUGACGCGGCGUCUGUGCCGAUCAAAAAGGAGAUUGUUGUGGACCAAGACAGCUGCAAGGACAGUCUGAGUGACCUGCGAAAUACCAAGUCAUCAUGUCCGGUUGAUCAAAUCAGGAUCAGACUAGAUGAACCAAAGCAAUGCCACGAAGUGCAGGACAGGCUGACGCGGCAUACUAAAGUAGCUGCAGGUUUUGAGGUCCAGCAGUAUAAAAAUCCCCGGAAGACCUUCUCCAACAUUGCAGCUCUGUCUCAGUACAGUGUCGUCACCCUAAGCCCUCCAAGAAUUCCAUGCUCCUCUAAACCAUCAUCAACCUCUGCUCUCUCAGGCCAGCCAGUGCAGCUCCAUGACAAACAAACGGGAGUGGUCAACAGAACUGCUGUCCCUUGGGUACUGAACAGAACCCAGAACCUCUUACUACAUACAGACUCUCACUCAAUCCAGAGACAUCCUCUCCGCUGUGGCCAGUGCGGUAAAUGCUUUCCCCACCCGAGUAACCUCAAGGCCCACCUUCGGAUCCACUCGGGUGAGAGACCAUUCUGCUGCUCCCUCUGCGGCCGUGGCUUCACGAAGCUGAGCAACCUCAAAGCUCACCGGCGUGUCCACACUGGAGAGAAACCGUACUGCUGCUUGGGAUGUGGCAAACGCUUCACACAGAACUGUAACUUGAAGCGCCAUCAGAGGGUUUGUGGCACGGGGCGUGAAGGAAAUGUUUAAGUGUUGGUCGGCGUUUUAUUCAAAAUGCUAACCAGUCAAAAUGUCUUUGUUUAACUCAUGAUGGUAAAAUGAAGCUUCAUGUUUUAUUCCAUGGCCAUUGUGGCAGGACAUUUCCAGAGCAUUUUAAAUUGAUGUCCAUCUACUUUGCUCUGUCAAUGAAGCUUCAGUUUGCAAUCUUGACAAUAAGUAUUAACCUCACAUGGCCAAGUCACAUCCAAGUUGUAGAUGAGUUAUCAUAAAACUCUUAGAAGUGUGUGUGUGUGGUAAACAUUGCAGGAGUAGCGGCACAACACAUUUGCUAUGAGAAAUUUGGAUACAAAUUUAGAUCAGAACUAAAAUUCACUUAUAUGCAUCUUCACAGAGUCGAAUUGUGUAACUUCUUUUUGACAUGUGGUGGUUUGGUCAUGGUUAUUUAGUUGUGUUGAAGUCAUCUCGAGACAGAUGUGACCUCCUGAUGUAGGCCAGUCAUUUAUUCUGUGACUCUUCUGCUAUUCUCUUUUAUUCAGCAUCAUGCUGCACUUGUGAUUUGAAUAAAGCGACUAGGUGGUCUGUCACUUAAGAGUCAACAUGUAGCUUGUUUAAGUAGGUUAUUCAUUUUCACUGUCUUGAA